GCUGUGACAGAUAUCUCUCUCAUUUAAAAAAUGGCAGUGAGGUAACUGUUGUUUAUUUUUUCCCUGAAUCAGUGAAGCGCAGCAGUGUGCCGGGUAACUUGCCUAAAGAUGGUUUUUGUUCUUAAUUUAAGAAUCGUCACCGAGUGAUGACUCUCUGAUUUCACCACUUAGUGAAGACUCUCAGGCUGAAGCAGAAGGUGUGUUCGUGUCUCCAAACAAACCUCGAACAACUGAGGAUUUAUUUGCAGUCAUUCACAGGUCCAAGAGGAAAGUACUUGGAAGAAAAGAUUCUGGGGACAUGUCUGUUCGAAGCAAAUCAAGAGCUUCCCUUGGCAGCAGCAGCAGCAGCAGCAGCAGCAGCAGCAGCAGCAGCAGCACUGGCUCCGUCACUUCACCUAACAGCAAUGUGACCACCCCAAACAGCCAGAGGUCUCCUGGCCUCAUCUACCGAAAUGCCAAAAAGUCCAACACAUCGAACGAAGAGUUUAAGCUGUUACUCCUCAAGAAAGGCAGUCGCUCGGAUUCCAGUUACCGUAUGUCUGCUACCGAGAUCCUGAAGAGUCCCAUCCUGCCCAAACCUCCUGGGGAGCUCACAGCCGAGUCCCCCCAAAGCACCCAUGAGGCCCAUCAGGGGGCGCCUGGGGCCGAGGCACUGUCCCCACUCUCUCCAUGCACCCCGCGAGUUAAUGCAGAAGGGUUUUCCUCAAAGAAUUUUGCCACCUCAGCAUCGGCAAGGGUUGGACGUUCCCGGGCACCCCCUGCAGCCAGCAGCAGCCGCUACAGUGUCCGCUGCAGGCUGUACAAUGCACCCAUGCAGGCCAUCUCUGAGGGCGAGACGGAAAAUUCUGACGGAAGCCCGCACGACGACCGAUCCUCCCAGAGUUCAACAUAAGUGGCCUGUGCCAGGCUGGCUGUCAAAGGCCAAAACCCUUAGCUAUAUGAGGACGGAGGAAUAGCACAGAGGACUUGGGAGAAGUCAGGACACCAUGGGGUACCAUCACUGCUUACCAAUGAAUUCCUAAAUAUUUGCUGGGGAAGCGGAAGGUGGUUUGAUCUUUCUUGAUUAUUUUCCAUGUUUUUAAGUAGCUGCACUGUCUUUCAUAUUUUUCUUUAGCUUAGUUUGAUUUAUCCAAUCUCAUUCCUUUUGAUAAUAUAGAAUUCGAAAAUGUCUGCUUUUCGUGGAACUUAGAAAAAGUUUUCCCAGAGCUGCCUAUUCAGAAAACAAAGCCCUCACUGUCAUAAUUCUUAAGAUGAAAUUACUCUGGAGGUUUGGUAUUUUUUUACAUUAAAAUGAACUAAAGCAAAAUUUAGAAGAAAGAACUACACACAUGUAAAUACCAUAUUUUUGAUAAAAAUGUGUAAAUAGAUUUAUCAAUGAUGAGUGGACAUGUGGCCAAUUAUCUACCACACACCAACUGUUUAUAGAACACAACAAAUAAAGUGUAAUAAUUGUAUUCUGUGAAUACCAUUUUCAUAUCAAAUACCAUAUUUAAAUGUCCACCAAUAUGAUUUCUGAGUGAUAAACCUCAAUAUGAAUCUUAAAGUGGUGAAAUAAAGGAAAUCCUGAGGUCAUAUAUGGAGUGUGAUUAAUUUAAAAUAAUGAAUUCAGACCUAACCAUUUUUGUGACAAAUUGCAGCACCCAACAAGCUAAUAGUAACAUGUGGCUGUGAUUGGCCACGUGGUGAUUCGGACUGAAUGAAAAGCAUGCUUUUGAUUUUUCUUUUAAAUCAAUGAGAGAAAUCAUCGUUCUCAACACAAAGCCCUGAACAACAGCAUUUGACAGUGUCCUUUAGACUUUAAUUUUUCAGCGGAUUGCUUUAAAGAGAAUGAGUAGGGACAACAAUAGCUAAUUUUAGGUUAUGUUUUAUAUUAGGCUACUGGGGACAUAAACAGUCAUAAUCUAAUGACUAUAAUCUUUAAACUCCUUAAACAGUUUAGCAAUGAGCUCCAGGUUUUUUAACUAACAAAAGUAAAACAUAAGCAUGCCACAGAGCUGUUGAUUUAUCAGUCAGUACCUGCAGUGAGUUUUCAGUGAAGCUCUCUGUGCUUAUGAGAUUCAUGCUACCUACAAAUGAACAGAAAUGACACUGUGAACAACGUAGUUGGGAAAUAGGUAUGUGUAUAUGCAUUAUUUAUAUUCGCUGUUAAACUGGGAAUGGGGAACAGCUCUGGUUCACAAUGCUACAUGCAACUGAGUUUUUGUCUGAUUUUACUAUAUCUGCUUGAUGGCAAAAGGGGAGGGGUGGCGGGUGGGAGAGGAAAUGUCAGGGCAAGUGCUCUGAUAAAAUGAAGGCAGGGAAACAAGCUGAAUUACUUGAAAUUACUUGAAUUUUCUUGUCUUAAAACUGAAAAAAAUGUAGUUACAAGUUGAAAUCUGCAAAUGGUUUUUACACCUCUGAUUUUAACAUGAACUGAUACUAAUGUUUGAAAUGAUAUGUCAGAAAUAUAAGCAGCUAUGUACUUAGAAUAUGUUUUGAAUGGGAGAAGGUAGAAAGUAGAAAGAACCAAGAAGGGAUGUGGCCUAUACAAGAAUAGAAUGUGAUUAGAAUGAUAGAACAUACCAGAGUUACUAAGGAAUUGAUAAGCGGCUGGCUUUAAGCUUAUGCAAGUGGUAUUUGGGAAAGUAGGAUGUGUGGAAGGGGGUUUGUGGUUUUGGUUUAAUUCAUGCAAUAUGAAGGAGAAAGCCUGGUCUAAGAAGAUGCUGUCUUUUAAUAGAAACACUUUCUAAGAUGUUACAGAUAAGAAUUAGAGAAUCUGAUUGCUGUUGGUUUGUUUGGAAAGAAAAAAGUCUGGCUUCUUCUACUAUUUGUUUUCAUGAUCAAAUUGUGUUUCUUAAUUUCUAGUCAUCCUUAUAUGUAAAAUGGGUGCUGGGGGUGGUGGGGUAGAGGAGGGAGAGUGUGUGUGUGAGUGCUUGUGCUAGGAUAGAUAAGCUACUUGGUAAAGGGUACAUUCGAACAUUUACAAAGUGUUAUACUUUUUAUCAAAUGAAAAAUGUUUGGGGGUUUGAAAACAUAGACCAUCAUUUCUCAUUGGAACCCAUUAGUUAAGAAAACCAGCAUGGUUUAACACCACAUGGGAACAUGAAGAACUUUUCUCAUGCUUUGAAAAGUACAUUUGGCAAAAUUUUAAAAGUAAAGUUUUUAGACAAAUGUGAUAAGAAACAGUCAUUUCCAGUCACAAUAGGUGAUCUUUUGUAACUUUCAUAAAAGCAGUUCGUUUGCAGUAUGGCUUUUGUGUAGUUAGGAGUUUUUUAAGCGUAAAGAAAGGUAUAUGGGCUUUAAAAAUGAUUCUAAAUCUUGAAUAGAAAACACAUGAAUUGGUUUAAUAAAUAUGUCACCUUUUUAUUAUUGACAUUAAUUUAAGUAAUGGUACCAUAUAUAUUUAAAAAUACAUAUUGACUUGAAUUGUGAGGCAAUAAGAUACCUUCUAUAUGUAAUGAUCACAGAACUAACCCUUAUAACAUAGUUUUACUUAUUUUGUUUACUCUAAAAAUCUAUAGCAGAGUUUCUCUAUUUUAUAUUUCAUAGAUUUAAAAAAACCCAAAUAAAGAUGGAUUUUAAAUUCACUGUGGAAAAGAGUAGUGAGUAACAAACUGAGUAAAAAAGCAAGAAAUCCCUUAGUAAUCUGGAAGAGUUUACAUGACUUUAUUACAUAGCAUAUAAAACCAAGAUUUAGAGGGCUGUCUUCAACGUCACUACCGUCUUGAAGCAGGGCACACACGUUAGGUAUUGUGAAAACAUCAAUCCAAACUUUUCUUCUGUUUGCACUGAUGCUGAUUUUUAGUUCUUUUGUUUAUACAAUAUGUCUAUGUUGUGUGGGGAAAAUUUUUUCCCUUACUUUUUGAUUUUUUUUGGCUAAGUAGAGGACAUGGACUAGUUGUAGCAAACAAAACACACCGUUUGCUCUUGCCAAAGGUCAGUGAGUGAGUACAUUUGCUGCAGUGGUGGCAGACUUAGAGAACUAGAUCAUGACAAAGAUUUAAAACUAUGAAGAAGGUUACAGUGUAACUAUUUCGGUACUAGAACCAGUUCAUGCUGGCCGAAAAGACAAUGGUUUAUGGACUUGCAUCCAUUUUGUAUUUUUGUAAUAUUUGUAAAUAUGAACUUUUUAAAUCGUUGCAAAAAUGGUUUCUUUUGUAAGAUGUUUUCAACGUUUACAUUCAAUUCAAGCCUUUGUAUAUUUUAGAGCUGUGCAACACUUUAAGUCUUGUAUUUAUUUUUAGUAAAAAUGGUGACAGUUUCGUUGUGAACCCCUCUCAAAAAAAUGUACCAGAAAAGUUUGAUUACCUAGAAAGUGUGUAUAGAAACUGCAAAUAAACGUG